CAAAAGUCCCACCCCUAGUUAUGCUAAUCCUAGGCAGACAAAUUGGCACUGUUGAAAAUAAUUCUGGUUAAGGUGAGCAAAUAAUACUCCGGCAAUCCGCUCCCGGCGUCUCCUCUCACUUGCUCGCUUUAACAUGGAUUCGCCCUCAUCCUGGGAUUCCCUGCGAAAGCAGGCAAGGAAACUUGAAGCACAGCUCGAUGAACAGAUGCAUUUAUACCGUAGAUUAGUGAGCAAAAAAGUUGACGGUUCCAAUGAUAACAAUCUUGAAAAGGGAAUAGACCAGCUGCUUAAAGAUCUACAACAAGUCAAUUCUCAAAUGCAAGAUUGGGUUUCAUCUGGAGGAGCUGAAAUAUUUUCUCACACAUUAACUCGCCACCAAGAGAUCCUUCAGGAUCUUACUCAGGAAUUUAAACGUCUUCGUUCCAGCUACAAAGCCAAGAAAGAACAUGCCUCAUUACUUGAUGAAUUUAGGGAAUUUGAUCGGACAAGAUUAGAUCUGGAAGAUGGUGGUGACUCUUAUGAUCACGCACUCCUGAAUGAACAUGCUUCCAUUCAUAGGAGUACUGGGCAGAUGGAUGGUGUGAUUUCUCAAGCACAAGAAGCUUUCAAGACACUUGUGUCUCAACGAUCAACAUUUGGAGGCAUUAAUUCAAAGCUCAGCAAUGUUACCAGUCGACUUCCGACAGUUAAUCAUAUUCUUUCGUCAAUAAAGAAAAGAAAGUCCAUGGACACUAUUGUCCUCUUGCUAGUUGCGUCUAUGUGCAUAUUUCUUAUCCUGGUCUACUGGUUGACGAAAUGAAAAGUCGGCAGUUUUCUAAAACGAGAGCACCCCUGGAUCAGAUGUAUGAUUUGUAUAUUCGUAGUCACAGAAUUUAGAAUUCCUGCCCCCACCCAUUUUUAUUUAAUUGAUGUAUGUGGAACAGUGGAAGAUGGAGCGUAUUUACUACUCGUAUGAUGUAUAGAUGAAAGGAUGUAUUUGAAUUUUGAAAGAUGCAGAAAGAAACGUGAACAAUGGACUAGGGAUUCAUAGGAACUUAAUAUCGUGUUACAAUUUUGAUUGGAUGGAAAUUCUAUUUUCUGUGUGGUAA